AUGUCGGAUUACAUUUUUAAAGAAUCAUUGAUUUCGGAUGAUAUUCAAAGAGAAUUACCGCAAGGUUAUAAACUAAGACCUCUUGCAAAAGAUGAUUUUAAUAAAGGGAUUCUUCAAUGUUUAGAACAACUUACAGUCAUUGGUGAUGUAUCGGAGGAAAACUUUAUUGAGCGAUUCGAAAAGAUGAAAGAAGUGGGAGGAUAUUACAUAAUUGUUAUUGAAAGUGAUGAAAACAAAGUUGUGGCAGUUGGGACCUUAUUUGUUGAGAUGAAAUUUAUAAGAGGUUGUGGAAAAGCUGGCCAUAUUGAGGAUAUUGUUGUUCAUGACUCUCAAAGAGGAAAAAAUUUUGGAAAAAGGAUCAUCGAGCAACUUAAGGAUAUUGGCAAAAAAGUUGAAUGUUACAAAAUUAUCUUGGACUGUAACGAAAAGAAUGUUCCAUUCUAUAGGAAAUGUGGAUUGGAAACUAAGGAUUUGCAAAUGACAUAUUAUUAUGACAAAGAAACAAAAAAUCAAGAUUGA